GGCGAACGGGUCGCGCCGCCGGGACGGCACCGGGCAUGGCGCUGUGGCUGCCGCGCUCCCGGGACGGCGGCGCCCUGGAGGAGGAGGACGAGGAGCGGACACAGGCUGCCGCCUUCCGCCAGCGCUUGCCGGAGGUGCAGACAUACAGCCAAGGGAUUGAAUUAGCCUGCCAAAAAGAAAGAGAAUUUGUGAAGCACUCUGUAGAAUGCACAUGGAACCUAGCAGAAGCCCAGCAAAAAUUUGGUAGUUUAGCACUGCAUAAUUCAGAAUCCUGUGAUCAGGAAUCUGCUCAAGCAAGGACUGAAGCUGCCGAGUUGAGAUGGAGAGAGGAAGAGUGGAGAAGAAAAGAAGAAGCGCUAAACCAGAGGGAACGACAGAAUCUAUGGAACACAGAUCCUGUUAGUAAAGAAGUUUUUAAUAAGAGUUUUAUUAAUCAAAAAAGAAAAGAAAUUGAAGAUGAGGCUGUGUCUGAACCACUUAUGCAAAAACAUGAACAAAAGAUUAGACACUUCGGCAUGCUGAGCAGAUGGGAUGAUAGUCAAAGGUUUUUGUCUGAUCACCCAUACCUUGUAUGUGAAGAAACAUCUAGGUAUCUCAUGUUGUGGUGUUUUCAUCUAGAAGCUGAACAGAAAAGAGCUCUGAUGGAGCAAGUAGCACACCAAGCAGUUGUAAUGCAGUUUAUUAUAGAAAUUGCCAGAAGCUGCAAUGUGGAUCCAAGAGGAUGUUUUCGUCUCUUUUUCCAAAAAGCCAAAACAGGAGAAGGCUACUUUGAGGCCUUUAAAAGUGAACUUGAGGCAUUCAAGGCGAGAGUGAGAAUCUGGUCACAAUCACAUGGCUUUCAGACCAUGUUACUCCAUGAUCUCAAUGUCAGUCCUGGCUGUGUGGGAGAAUGGACAUCUUUUUUACAGAACACAGGAGAUCUACAAGGUUCCAUAAACACAGAUGUCUGCAGUUUCAACUCUGUGAUACAGAGAGAUGAAGAAGAAUCCAAAAUGAUGGACACAUUAUAGUACUUUUAAGACUGAGGCCAAGUACUCCUUUAUUUCCCUUUUUUUUUUCCCCAAAGAAACAAACAUGGCUAUUUUCUUGACACUUAUUUUUCUGGGUACUGCACUUUAUUUUUGGUGUCAGAUUUUUGUUGUUUUGAUUUGGUUUGGGGGAGGGACUUUGAAGGGUGAGUAAUUAAGAAAAAACUUGUAAUAUUGUUUGAAAUGUGCUGCUAGGUUUUUAGUUGUCCUUGAAGAGCAGGGUUCUUAUAUUGCCGAAUGUGAAACUGGAUGUGUUUUCUGCUACUAACCUUGCCUUUCAUGACUUUAGAAAUUAAACAUCUGCACAAAUACAAUGUUUACAAGAAGCAGCAGAUUCUUGGUAGAAUCUGCUAUUGUCUUACUACAGAUAUGGAUAUGUUUUACUCUGAAUAUUGGAGAUUGCAACUGUAUUCAUGCUACCUUGCUGACAGUAUAAGCUCUCAAAUUUGGUUAUCACUAAUAGCAAUAAAUCAGUAUCUGGUAUCAGUAUUUCUGAUCUGAAUGGAUUAGAUUAAAACACUGGCUUUCUACCUCUACUAAGGGGAUAUAAAUGUUAUAUUGUACUUUCAUUAAACAUAACUUGGUUUAAUCCUAAAACAUAACAUCACUUGUCUACAAAUGAAUGCUGAGUUGUAUGAUUUCUGGGAGUCUGAUUCUUUUCUUGUUCAUCAGGCUAACUUCAGAUUAUUUUUUUAUACCCAAGUCGUGUUAUGGUUGAAGUCAUUGAUGAAGGGAACUUGUACAAGGGUUAGGCGAAGACCUCAGUUUAAACAAAAAGCUUUGUUACAAGUCACAUAGGGUGAAGUGUCAUGCACUGUUUGAAAGUUACUUCAUAUGUUAUUCCACCAAAGUGGGUUUCUGACAUUGUCAACUCAAACAUUAAGUGGAAAAGCAUUAAAAGUUUCUUGUUUAAGAAGCUGGAAAUCCAAAUACAUUUUAUAGACAACAGAA